AGGAGGAGGAGGAGGCGCUGACCUCCUACAGAGCCCGUCUCUCUCUCUCUCUCUUUCACUUCAGUAUUUCUUGAAAAACAAAAAAAAUGACUUUAUCAACAACGUUUGGAUUGGUUCCAGGGCGAGCCGAGCCAGAAUCGGGUCCAGUUGCCGGUGAUCUGGUUAAAACGGAAACCACUUUUUUUCUUCCCCUGCUUCUGGUGUAAGUGGAACCAGAUGUCUCUGCGCUGCUUCUGACCGACACAGAACUUCAUGCCUUUUUUCUCUGACUUUAACUUUCACUUGAAGAACCGACUUCAUCUAGGUCCUCAGUUACGAGAUCGGGCGACCGUUAUGUCCGGAUUUUGGUGCUGCGGACAGUGUAAACAAAGACGCGCAAGUUAAUCGUUGCGCACUUAUGAUUGAAAGAUAAAGUUCAAAGGAGACAUGUGAAAAUAUUUGGCGAUAUCUGACGUCAGCGAGGAGGAGCCGAACACUUCACCCCAAGAAUCAAAUGUUUGUAUCUUCACCGCAACUUUUACCUCAAGAAUCAAAACAUGCUGCAGGAUUUUACGUCGUUGGGAGGUUGUCUCGCUUGAACAUUAGGAAUGAGAAGAGGAGGGCAGUCAAGACGAUGACGGCGUUGAAGAUGAGGAGAACUUGAGGGAUGUGAAGUGAACCACCAUGCGGUUCCUCCGGACUGCAGCCGGGCUGCUGCUCCGCCGCCGGUGCUUCGCCGGUCCGCUGCUGCUGCUGCUCGGGCUCGCCGUGUGUCUCUUCUACCAGACCAUGAUAGUCCACCGCAACCGAAUUAGGUCGGGAAAGCAAGAGCGACCAGUCGCUGGGAAAUGUGGUACCAGCGGAAACUUGGCAGCGGAGGAGGAGACCAAGUCGCUCAUCUCGAACCUGGAGUCUUUACAGGUAAAUAAGCAGAAAACAGCCAGUCGUCGUUUUGCUGUGGUCCUGACUGGUCGGCUUCCAAACAGCGACACAGAAGUCCAACUCUAUCAGCGGGUUCUGACUCAGAUGGGCUACGAAGUCCAGCUGUCAAGAUACGCAGAAACCAGCAGCUUCCUGAGAUCCAGACAAGAUGACAGCAGUUGGAGCCUGCUGGUGUGUCUGAGCAGCGCUGAGAGCAGCUGUGUGAGGAGAGUCUCCUUCUCUCACCUGCAGCGCCACCAGAAGGUGAACCUGUGGCCUGGCCUGAUGGAGGCGCUGGCCACCGUGCUCAACUGUGAUCUGGCAGGACCAGAAUCCCCGACAAUGCCUCUCACAUGCAGGUCUACUAGUCAGACACCACUUCCCAUCAGAUCCACAGCCAGUCCACUUCCAGGUGCUGCUGCGCCUCCUGGCCUGGUUGCCAUGGUGAAUGUUUACAUCGUGGUGACUUCAAUAAGGCCUCUGACCUCCUUCCUGCAUGACAUGGUUGUGGUGACGACAAAUCAGGAGAAGAGAGGACGGGCCGUUCAGCUUAUCAGCUUCCUGGUGAAGCAGCUCGGACCUCAGAUUUCCCAUGAAGCGUUGGGGCAGGUGAAGAGGGUGAUAGGACAGGUGCUGCAGUCGGCAGCGUCAGCCAAUCACAAGGCUCGGCCUAUGAACAGGUGUGUCUUAUGUUACCAGCUCCUCACUUUUACUCUACUCUUCAACGGUUCCAUCACACCAAUCAUCACUCAGAUCAGCGCUGAUUUGACCUUUUCUGCGCUAAGCGAUGGCAUGUUUGAUCAGCAAAUCUUGAGAGAUCAAAUCCUGGAAGACACAUUUCACUUCCUGUUUUCGUCAGGCACUCAAACGGAAACCAAACAGUCUGCUGGCUGUGUCUGGACAAACGGAGUCUGCCUGUCAGAGGAUGAUUUCGCUCUGCUGCUUCGGUUCCAGCAGCUGAUGAAGAAGCCAUCAUUCUUUCAACUGGUGAAUCCCAUCAAUUCCUCCUCACCCAGUCUCUCUGACCUCCUGCUCACCAUUAGCUGCUACUAUGAAAACCUGACAAAUGACAGAAAGAGAUUGACCAGUCGCUAUUCAGCUUCAUUUCCUGAGGAUUCACCCGCAGGUGCCUGCAUGGACCCUCAGCUCCGUCAGAUCUACACUGAGCCUCCUCUCCUCCUGAACCCGCCCUUCAGUCCACAGGUGAAAGAGUACAGCACCGAAGUGACCUUUGACACGCUCAUGAUCCGGAUUCGUCCUGAGCCCAAAAGCUCAGACUGCAGUGUUCACCUGGAAGACCGCAGGGGGCCGAGGCUGAUGAACGCGCCUGUCGGACUGGGCCACAGCAGGAUCAGCAUUUUGGUAACAGACUCCACCCAGCCAGAGCCUGCCAUCCUGACCGUAUACACCCUGCACAUAUAUCGAGAGAACCGGCCCAGCCUGCCGAUGUUCGGCGACCAUGUGAUGUGCAGCUUCAUGCAGGACUGCGGCCUGCUUGUUCUGCCUGGUCAGCCUUGUGGUCUUCAGCCUUUCACCAGCUCUCUAAAUCCACCCGAGGUCUGCCGUUCAGGACACCAACCAGGUCAGUGGGUCGUCCCGUGUCUUAGCUGCUCUGACAACAGAACAUGUGACUGGAGAGAGGUCGCCUGGCAACCAGAUGGCUGCUAUCAUCCUCAUGUGGACCCCCUACUGUUGCAGAGCUGCAUGAUGGAUAGGAAGCUGUUGUUCAUCGGCGACUCCACCAAUCGUGGGAUGAUGUACUUUUUCAUGGAGCGGGUCAACACCAGUCUGGCAGACUGGGGGAAGGCCCACGAUACUCUGGUAUACAGAGAACUCAAUGGGGGUAGGACAUUUGUCAGCUACUCAUACUACCCUCAGUUCUGGCUGGAGAAGAGCCAGAGGCCCACGUUCCGUCAGGCGCUGCAGCAGCUGCUGCACAGGUCGCAACCUCUGGUGAACUCGAACAAGACGGUGCUGGUGGUGGGGGGAGUCCAGUGGUUGAACACAAACCACCUGAAGACCGUCUAUGAGGUGCUGAGCAGGGAGUCUCUGAGUCAGAUCCAAGUGCUGGUCAAGUCUCUCGGAAUGGGAUUUCACCUUCCAGUGGACGGAAUCCGAUCGCUCAGUCUGGCAGAGGUACAGGACCUGCACAGAGAGAAUGAAAACAUCAUCACCGCUGCAAAACAUCUUGGCUAUGAAGUUAUCGACACGUUUGGUAUCACCAUGGGCCGCUACAAAGAGUUCCUGCAGGGCAGAUGUGCUUGUCACUUCCAUGAGGUGGAAAGGUUGUCGCCCUCCAGUCCCUCUGACGACACGUUUUCCAUCACUGGACCUGAAGUCAGAGAGACCGAUCCUAACCUGUACUCCUAUCAUGUGAGAGGGCCAGUAAACCAGGUCUACUCUGAGAUCCUGCUGAGCCGCCUCUGUCCCCAGUCUCACGAAGCUCAACACAUCAGAAGCUCAUGACUCGGCAUUCACCAUAACAAUACAACUGACCUGCUUUUUGAACUAUCGAAGCAACUCCUUUUAUUUUUUUAAAUGCAUUUUCAAAUAUAUAUAUGAAUAUUUAUCUGCAUAUUUAAAAUGUGUACGCUAACAUCAUAUUUAAUGCCAAAGACUUCACAUUAUGUCUUAUAUUAGCAUUGACUUUAUUUUUCUACAAAACGUGCCUUUAUAUCUUCACAUGCUGGUCAAAUGAAUAUAAUGUGUCCAUAAAUCCUAAAUAUAUAUGGAAUAUAUUUAAGUAUUUUUAUGAAGUGUAUUUUGGAAAAAAUGAAUGUAUUAUCCCGACAUGUAAUUCUACAGGUCGUCAGUGUGCUAAAAUAAUAUAAUAGUAAUAAAUGACCCACGCAAUCUUAUCUUGAAAGUUUACGGCUCUAAUUCUGUCACUUUUUAUUGCAGCAGUGUUUAGUGGAAAAGACUGACUCGUCUGU